AUGCUGAGGAAAGAGGGAGCGACUGGGAAUGAGGUCGACUGGGUACCAGUUUCGGCAAAUUCGUCUCUUGCGUUUGAUACCCUUCUCAGCUUCUGCUCAACGGAGGGCCUUCAAUCUGAGUGCCUCGUCGGAUUUGCUUCUGUUUUACUCCUGACAUCAGUGGCAGGCUUUUUGCCGCCUCCAAAGUCUGCUCCUCCUGUAUCAAUCCCAGACACUCCUAUUCGCUCCUCCGAAAGGCAGGGGCAGGACAUGAUAAUCGAGGAUCUGUUCCAGUCGAUCGACAAAUGCAUGUUUUUUAGCUCCACAUGGGACGCCGCCGAAUCGUUGCUUUGCAGUGCGUUCUUCGAUCCUUCCGUUCCCUGCAAUCUCCUUGGAGCCUCAACUUUAGGAAUAAGAAAGGCCAUCUCGACAGCGAAUACGAUUGAUGACCAGCAGCUUCUCAAUGCUAUUACGUACAUGGGACCAGACUUGGGUCUUUUAUGGAAUGCUGCAAUAUGCAAUGACCAGGCCAAUGCGCUCUUAAACAUGGCUUUUAAGGGUCUACCGCCCAUCUGCUUAGUUGCGGCCUUUCUGACGAACACGAACCAUACUUUUCUUCAAAUUGAUUAUCACUCAACAAACUUGGGGGUCUUUCAGGUUGCCCGAGCGAACGAAUUUCAAACUUCCCUCUUUUGUCGAUCAGACAUCUCAGUACCAUGGUCGCCAGCACCUCCUUUCGGUGCAACUACAGUCCAGAAUCUCAGUCUUAAAGUUAGAGCGCAUCUUGCGCAUCAGCACAAGCCACUCUCAUGGAGGUUAUAUUGGAUGUUGGAUUCUGGGGAACGUAUAGCGGCAAACGAAAGCCACCAGCUUGUUCUUCAGGAAUCUAAUAUGUGUGGCCCUUGUCCUGCCGGCCAGACGGAUAAGCCACCUGAUCCCGAACGGAAUCUUGCCGAUGAACAGUCGGGAGAAGCAACAUCGCGUUUGUUCAAUUGGCAUCGAGGCUACGAUGACGGUCUCUGGCUAGACGAAGGCGAUGGGGAUGUUGAACUUAUUCGUCGACUGCAGGCACAUGCAUGGAUUAUCGACCAAUUUGAUAGCCUGGAGAGUGAUCCUGUGGAAGAGCCAAAGCGCCGUGAGCUCGACUUUGAGGGUAUAUUGCAAUGGAAUAAUGAAGUUGAAAGGUUCCGGCAGUUGGGGCACCAUGUCUCACUGUGA